AUAUAUUUUUGGUAUUAAGGGUUUCUAAAUUUUGCAAACAAAAUGUCUGGCAAACUUUUAAUAAAUUUUCUUAGAACCUUAGGAAGCCCAGCAGUACAGGUACGUUCCAUGUUCUCUGACGGACUAAUGGACGCCAACGCCUACAAGAGGGUUCUUAUCAAUAAGAAACCAAUCGAACCCACGCCCACGGUUUCGGUUCACGGAAGUAAAAGCUGUUCACAAAAGUUCAGCAAAUCGAAAGAAAAUUUUUCUAGUAAAAAUUGUACAGGAAAUUCAUCAAAUGGUAGCGAAUUUAAAAAUAUCGAUGAACGAAUGAACUUUGUGCAAGAUGCAUAUAAAAAUUCUGAGAAAAAGUUGAUUGGCUUACGACCAGGUCCUUAUACCCAUGCGAGACGCAAACAGUUAGACGUUGAAGAAAACUUCAAAACAUACGAGCAUUAUCCACGUCUUGAUAAUGUUUUCUAUAAGAAAGAUUCACCGAGUUCUAAAUCAGCUGUUGCGCAAUUACUUGCAGAAAGGAAGAAAGCUACACACUCUUCCGAUUCAAAGAAAAGCUUCAUAACUCAACCAAAACGUCGUUAUUAGUCCGUCAGACGUAUGAUAACCAACCUAUGCUGGAGACCAAUUCACAACUGCUUUAUGAACCAGACAUUUUUGUUUUUUUUUUUGGUAAAUAUAACAGAAACAAUAAAAUA